AUGAAUCUAUGUAAUCCAAAACAAAAAGCAUUUGCACAACGAGUUUAUUUUGAUCUAAAAAUUUGUCGUAAAUGGUCAAAACUUAAUGUAUAUUUUGAUGAAACUAAUAAAUGGAUAUUUUUUCUUGGUAAACAAUCAGAUGAUCAGCCUUUAGUAUUUGUUUUGCCUAUGUCAUGUGAUGAACAAUUGAGUGUUGAUGAUUUAUUUAAUCUUAAAUCAAAAUUAUCUUUAGCAUUACCAUCUGAUAUAACUGAAAAUAUUGAAAGUGUGCUUAUGGCGAUUAUUGCAAAUGAUUUUACAUUAGGUUAUUUUAAUUUUACAUUGGGUCUUCCAAUAGUAACAAUGCCUGAAAUAUUACAAUCAGAAAUUUCAUCAAAACCAUCAGUUUCUAUUAUUGACAAUGAAUUUACUGAUGAAAUAAAAAAUGAGAUAACAGAUGAUCGUUGGACUACAACUAAUACAAAUACCACCUGGGACUAA